CGACCACUCAGCUGAUGCGAGACAUGCCUGAGGUAACUUCGGCUUCGGACUCGGCCGUGCCUUCCCAGCGACAGAGUUCCAAAAAGAUGUCCUCCAGCUGCAUAACCAGUGAACCCCAGCAGGAGAAGUUGGAGAAGCUGCACAAAAACUGCCUAAUUGAGCUGCUUCCGGCAAACCUUCUUCGAAGACGCCCGGCCCCAUCUGUGCGGCCGACCCCAGAGGAAGCCAAGGAAUGGGCCAGAUCAUUCCGACACCUUACUGCCUCCAAAUAUGGCCUAGCCCUCUUCCACGUGUUCCUUGCGAGGGAGUACAGUGAGGAGAACAUUGAGUUCUGGCUGGCCUGUGAAGAACUCAAGACCUGCCGGCCCAACAAACUUUCGGGCAAAGCACAGAGAAUCUUCGACGAGUUCAUCGCCCCACACUCGCCAAAAGAGGUGAACCUCGACGCCCUCACACGAGCCGAGGUGACGGCCAGCCUGGCCAAGAGGCCCGACCGGACCUGCCUAGAUCUGGCUCAACGCCGCGUCCAGGGCUUGCUGGAGAGAGACGCCUACCUGCGCUUCCUCCAGUGCGACCUGUACCAGGAUCUGUGCCGACCGCCCGCACCCUAGCACGCGCCGAGUACGCACACCGCCCGAAGCCCCCUCUCUGUUUCUUCUCUCUUUCGUUCGGUCACCACACCCACAACCACCAUUCGACAUCGCUAUCCACUGGUGCCUUCUUCUCGUCCCCGUUAUUACACGCGCGCUGUGCAAGCACAAAGAGCGGGAGGGACUCUCGCUCGUUCCUCACUGGCUCUCUGGUUUCCCCCGACCCCGUCGUCGGUACUCAUAGAGAGACACGCAGCAGCAGCGGAAGCCUUGGGAAAUAAAUGCCAACCGAGGUUAUAGAGCCCACUCGUUUGUCUGUCUCUG